AUGUCGGAAAUCAUUGUCAAGGCGGAGCCGGUGAAGAUGGAGACGACUGACAGCAAGCGCAGACGCAAUGAAACCGAGGACGAGCUCGAGAUCGAUGUCAACCUCCCCGAGCCACCUUCGAAGAGAGCAAAGCGCCGCGAGAAGAAGAGCUCCAAGAAGCCCAACACUGCGGCUACGAAUGGCACCACCGCUACGCAAGCCUCCAACGACACGCCGACCGCGCAGCAAGGCCACGACGACCAGUCCGACCUCUACCCCAUCACUUCAGACACAGCAGCACCGCAACCCAUCCCAGAAGCCGGCAAGCGAGGCGAGCACGGUAUCUGGAUCGGCAACCUUCCCUUCGACGCCAACCGCGACACCAUCCGCACGUUCCUGCAAGAGAAAGGCGACAUCAGCGGUGAAGACAUUGUGCGCCUGCACAUGCCCGGACCAACCAAGAAGUCUGAUCGAGCCAACGAGCAGCACAAUCGCGGCUUCGCGUACAUCGACUUCACGAGCGAGGAGAUCAAUCAGCGAGCUAUUGCUCUGAGCGAGAAGCUGGUGAAGGGACGGAAGGUGCUGAUUAAAGAUGCGAAGAACUUUGAGGGGCGCCCGGCGAAGGCCAAGGACGAGGAUGGCACAGCGGACGGCGGAUCGAAGAAGGCACCCUCGAAGCGUGUCUGGAUCGGCAACCUGGGGUUCGAUGUGACGAAAGAGGACAUUCAAGAGCUCUUCGCGCCAGCCGGUGAGGUCGAGGACGUCUUCUUGGCCACGUUCCGGGACUCGGGCAAGUGCAAGGGAUUUGGCUGGGUCACAUUUGCCUCGCUUGCCACAUCAGAGGCUGCCGUCAAGGGCUUCUUCUAUCGCGAGACUCUAGAGGAGGAUAAGGAGGCAAGCGACAACGAAGGCGGGGUGAGGGUCAAUACCGAAGCGAGGUCAAAGAGAGAGAAGGUCUGGGUCAACCGCUUGCAGGGAAGGCCGGUGAAGUGCGAGUACGCGGAGGAUGCGCAGACGAGGUACAAGAAGCGCUACGGCAAGGACAAGGACGAGUCGAAGACGGCGAACGGAGGAGGGAAGAGAAGGAGAGACCACGACGGUGUCGCUAAUGGUACAGAUGCAGCCGCAGAUGAGUUAGGGAGAAACGAACGCCCUGCCGCCCAAGGCCAAGCAUUCGCCUUAACCUCGACAUCCCAAACCAAGCCGAAGCCCAAGACCAAGCAGACCGCCGACGAGCGCAGCAACGAGCGUCGCAAGCGUCACGAUGCUCGUAUGACCGCUCCGGGCCAGGCCCUCGCGAACACCCAGCGCGCGACCGGUGCGAUUGUUGCGGGUAGCGGAAAGAAGACCAGCUUUGACUGA